AUGGCUAUCUACCCGCUUAAUAGAAACUACACAACCGAAGAUUUACUUCGAAGGCCGGAAAUCAAGGGCGUCGCCCAUAAUGUUGAGCUCGUGGAUGGGCCGUACAACGUACCUGAUGGAGCCUAUCAAUUUAAAGGCCAGGCCAACAGUUACAUCGAGUUUCCAAAUGGUAACCUCAUACUAGACGCUAAGUACUCAAUCACGCUUAUGUGUUGGGUUAAACCCGGGGACAAAGACGGACCGCUUUUUAACUACAAUAAGAACGAUUGGGGCGUUCACAUCUGGCUCGCCCAAGCAGGAAGGUUCUUCGUAAGAAUCACCAAAGCUGGCUCGCACGCUUUUCAUCCAUUUGUACAGACAGUUAAUCCUCUUCCCAUUGGAAAGUGGGCUCAUGUUGCAGCCACGUACGAUUUCAAUACUGGUUACAACGCCAUAUAUGUCGACGGGGUACUACAAGCUCCUAGUAAAAAUGUUGGUAGGGGGUCGCCAUCGAUACCUAUCUCGACCAACGACCCUGAAGUUCGAAUGGGUGCAAGGCUAAGCGAUGGCAGAUACUUCAACGGAGCAAUUUGUCAGAUGGGAAUAUGGAAUGUUGCGCUUACCCAAGAACAGAUAGCGGUGGAGAUGAGAAAGAAAGGUAAUUGAAAGCCCGAGCGCGCGUGUCUGCCAACUUGUCAUACCUCCAUGUGAGCAAAAUUCACCAUUUUUACGUAGACCUAGAUGCACCAUGUUCACCCCUUAACUCAGUUUUGCGAUACUGAAAUUGCCUAAAAUGUUGAAACCUUCGCUAACUUGCAGAGCUCGCAGGGAUAAAUCAUAGUUUAUCUAGUGGAUAACGUAAUUGGUUUCCCUAAUACUUAUCUGGUUUAUACUAAUACAUGAGAAAUUUCUGCAAUUUGAUUGGCUUAGAGCAGUGGUAUUACAGCUUAAUUUAAAAUACCUACAUGUAAAAAAUUUCAACCUUUUAAGGGUAGUAGUAUAAACAAAUGCAUGAUUUGUACUUGAUAUUUGGCAUAAAAACCACUCGUGAUAUUUCAAACCUGUCUCAAAUUUCACUCGCCUAACGGCUCGUGAAAUUACGUAUAACAAUUUUGAAAUAACACUCGUGGUAUUUAUGCCAAAUAUCACUACAAAUCAUGCUAUUACCUAUACAAAUAGCGCUACCCCGUGGGGUACUUCCCAUGGUAGCCUAUACAGGGAGGCUCCGCCCGAAAGGGGUACCUUUUUUCAGGCUUCAGGUAUAUGAAAGGGCAGGGAUUUCCUUAGUUAAAAUAUAUAUGGAAAGGUAGGGAAAUCUGUCAUUUGGGUCCGUGAAAGGGUCCAAAAGGGCUAACAAAUGAAUUAAUGGUUGUAUAAAGUCGAGAAAACGUUCUAUUUUGUAAUUGAUUACUAUUUAAAAGACAGUGCAUUUACAACAGUCAAAAGAGAUGCAAAGUUCUAAACAAGGUAUGUGAAAGGGGUACCAUUUGUCAAAAGAAGGUAAACGAAAGGGGUACCUUUUCGUAAAAAAUGGUAUAUAAAAGUUGGACCUCGGGGCAGAGCCUCCCCGUAUAAACAUUUGUUGAGUACCAUCCCGGGCGCUAGCCAACGUUUGAACAACUAGGGCCAGAUGACCUAGUUUAUUGUGUUACUUAUCAAACAGCUAUACGACAACCAAAGCUAUGCGACAUCAAUCCCUGUGAACAUGGAGGGACAUGUAUGAAUGAUGGAAACAGCUUCAAAUGUGUUUGCCCUGAAGGAUAUACCGGACGGACGUGCGGACAAGGCAAGUAAAGACACUAUUAGCGCUCUAAAAAAAACAUCUUCAUAAAUUUGGCAUGGGAACUUGUAUGAAGUUGGACCCUACAUUAAGCAAAUAACCAGUGUUUAUAUAAUUAUUAUUUAUAACUAGCUGGCACUGAUCAUUAUUUUAAUGAUACGAACAUAUAUCAUCUCGAUACGAUGGUAUGUUUAAAAAUCAUUCCAUAAGCGCGCAUUGAAUAUGACACGGUAGCGAAGCGUCGAGUCAGCUUAACUAAUGUCAAAUACAACAAGCGCGCUUUUUAUUGAAAAUCGCCGCUUAAAAGAAUAUCGAUAAACCUUUCUGAUUGUUCCAGGGAGGCGAAUAUCAUAUAUAUUUCUGUCAAAGAAGGGCGAUUAUUCGAGGGAGGCGAUUAAUCGAGUAAUCAUAACUAUAACAAAAUUGUCAAAUCUGAUUGGCUCUCAACUGCCCUGAUUUCAGCCUUAAUUGGACAGUUUAAUAGGACAGUACGCGCCAUCACGCGCGCGCUUAAAUGGCUUUUUUUUCACUGCUAGCAAAACAAAAUUUCGAAUUUCUUGUGUUUUGGUUUAAAAAAUAGCCUAUUGUAUCACACAUUUUGUUAAAGUUAUGAUUAAUUGGUAACAGAACUUCGUGUCGUCCAAUUCAGUCUGUAAUCAUACUCGUGAUUAAACAAAUCGGACUCCCGCUACGCGGUCGUCCGAUUUUGUUAAUCACUCGUAUGAUCACAGACCGAAUUGGACUCCACUCAGUCCUGUUACCAUUACGAACGGCUAUUAUUAGGGAAAAUACGAUACCCUCCUCCGGUGGUUCAUUUGAAAUACAGGAUGGGCAACUGUAAAACCCCCUUAAAACACCCGUUACAUAGAUGUCUGAUUGUCUGUGUACUAUUAAUGUACCUUAAUAGUACUCCCACUCCCAGUUGUGCCACCUGCAUUGGCUAUCUACCCGCUGAAUGGAAACUACACAACCGAAGAUUUACUUCGAAGGCCGGCAAUCAAAGGCGUCGCCCAUAACGUUGAGCUCGUGGAUGGGCCGUACAACGUACCUGAUGGAGCCUAUCAAUUUAAAGGCCAGGCUAACAGUUACAUCGAGUUUCCAAAUGGUAACCUCAUACUAGACGCUAAGUACUCAAUCACGCUUAUGUGUUGGGUUAAACCCGGGGGCAAAGACGGACCGCUUUUCAACUACAAUAAGAACGAUUGGGGCGUUCACAUCUGGCUCGCCCAAGCAGGAAGGUUCUUCGUAAGAAUCACCAAAGCUGGCUCGCACGCUUUUCAUCCCUUUGUACAGACAGUUAAUCCUCUUCCAAUAGGAAAGUGGGCUCAUGUUGCAGCCACGUACGACUUCAAUACUGGUUACAACGCCAUAUAUGUCGACGGGGUACUACAAGCUCCUAGUAAAAAUGUUGGUAGGGGGUCGCCAUCGAUACCUAUCUCGACCAACGACCCUGAAGUUCGAAUGGGUGCAAGGCUAAGCGAUGGCAGAUACUUCAACGGAGCAAUUUGUCAGAUGGGAAUAUGGAAUGUUGCGCUUACCCAAGAACAGAUAGAAGUGGAGAUGAGAAAGAAAGGUAAUUUGAAAACCCGAUCGCGCGUGUCUGCCAACUUGUCAUACUUCCAUGUAAGACAAAUUCACCAUUUUUACAUAGACCUAAAUGCACCCGUUAACUCAGUUUUGCAAUACUCAAAUUGCCUAAAAUGUUGAAACCUUCACUAACUUCCAGGGCUCAGUUUUCAAACGGUGGGCAACCGGCUUUCCACCGGACAAAUCGUAAUUUAUCCGGUGGAUAACGCAAUCAGGGUUUCCCUAAUGCUUAUCCGGUAAAUAGUGCUAUCCCCGGGGGGUACUCUCUAUGAUGACCUAUACAGGGAGGCUCCGCCCGAAAGGGGUACCUUUUUCAGGCUUCAGGUAUAUGAAAGGGUAGGGAUUUCACUUGUUGAAGUAUAUUUAAAUGUAGGGAAAUCUGUCAUUUGGGUCUGUGAAAGGGUCCAAAAGGGCUAACAGAUGAAUUUAUGGCUGUAUAAAGUCGAGAAAACGUUCUAUUUUGUGAUUGAUUACUAUUUAAAAGACAGUGCAUUUACAACAGUUACUGAGAGAUGCAAAGUUCUAAACAAAGUUUGUGAGAGGGAUACCAUUUGUCAAUAGAAGGUAAACGAAAGGGGUAUCUUUUUCUUGAAAAAUGAAAAUAAAAGUUCGAUCUCGGGACAGAGCCUCCCCAUAUAAACCUUUGUUGAGUACCACCAGGAGCGCUAUGUGGACGUUUGAACAACUAGGGCCAGAUGACCGAGUUUGUUGUGUUACUUAUCAAACAGCUAUACGAGAACCAAAGCCAUGCGACAUCAAUCCCUGUGAACAUGGAGGGACAUGUAUGAAUGUUGGAAAGAGCUUCAAAUGUGUUUGCCCUAAAGGAUAUACCGGACCGACGUGCGCACAAGGCAAGUAAAGAUACUAUUAGUGCUCUAAGAAUAACAUCAUCUGUGAUAAAUUUGGUAUGGGAACUUGUAAGAGGUUGGACCCUACAUUAAGCGAAUAACCAGUGUUUAUAUAAUUAUUAUUUAUAACGAGCGGGCACUGAUCAUUAUUUUAAUGACACGAGCAUAUAUCCUCUCCAUACGAUGGUAUGUUUAACAAUCAUUCCACAAGCGCGCAUUGAAUAUAACACGGUAGGGAAGCGCCGAGUCAAGUACAACAAGCGCGUUUUUCAUUGAAAAUCGCCGCUCAAAGAAUAUCGAUAAGCCCUUCUGAAAUUAUUUCUUUAAAAAAAGAACGGUGAAAAACAAGGGACUUUCUCUUCAGUCACAUGUCACUAAGAUUCAGGGGCACCCAUGCAACGACAAUUUUCGGAAAAUAUCUGUUCGGAAGACGAUUUGAGAUCUAGAAUUUUCGGAACAUUUGUUGUAAAAUUUCUUGCUUGCCUGCCUCUCCUAGGAUUUUCGAACAUCUAAAUAACGGUAUGAUUGCCUAUUUUUAACGGAUUUUUACCCUAAAAAGGUCACCUAGAAUUUUCGGGAGCCUUUUUUCUGGCUGAAAUUUUCGAAAAGGUAAGUUUUGAUCGCUAUAAUUUUCGGAUCACUAGACUUUCAGCUAGGAAAUCAGAACAGAUGAAAAAUUUUUAGGGGAUGAAAAUAUGCCUAUAUCUACCGUUUAAAUACUAAAAUACGUUUAACAAUGCUUUGUUUAAGUGGUUUGAACUAUAUUCUCGUUGGGUGCCCCUGAAGAUUGUCCCCAAGCACAAUUUAGGGAUAAUAGUGCUCUCAAUUUCAUUUGUCGCCAGAUAACCACCUGAAAUGUACUCCACCUAAUCCAUUACGAAUGGAAAGGAAGUCAAUGAGAGAAAACAUUUGAAAGUGGCGAUUUUUGUUUACUUUCAUUUCUUAAUGAUAUAGACAUCGAUGAGUGUGCUUACGAAAAAGGCGGCUGCCUAGAUAUUCGUGUGAAUACAGUUGGAAGCUACUAUUGUUCAUGA